AUGGCCAAGGAAAAGCUGAAGGAAGGAGUCAAGACUGAAAACAAUGACCACAUUAAUUUGAAGGUGGCAGGGCAAGAUGGUUCAGUGGUGCAAUUUAAGAUUAAGAGGCAUACACCACUUAGUAAACUAAUGAAAACCUAUUGUGAACGACAGGAUUUGAUGAAGGAAGAUACAAUGGAUGUAUUCCAGCAGCAGACAGGUGGUGUUUACUAA